UGCGCCGGGGGCCUCCUGGAGAGCCGGCUCCGCGCCGCCCGCGCGCCCGCGCCAGAGCAGCCAUGUACCGGCGCAGCUAUGUCUUCCAGAGCCGCAAGGAGCAGUACCAGCGCGCCGACGAGGCUUCGCGCACGGCGGAGCCCGAGCGCCCGACCGACGAGGCCUGGCCUGGGGCGACCAGCUUGGCGGCGCUGCAGGGGCUCGGCGAGCGCGUGGCCGCCCACGUCCAGCGGGCCCGAGCGCUCGAGCAGCGCCACGCCGGGCUCCGGCGGCAGCUGGACGCCUUCCAGCGCCUGGGCGAGCUGGCGGGGCCCGAGGACGCCCUCGCCCGCCAAGUCGAUAGCAACCGCCAGCGCGCCCGGGACCUGGCGGCCGAGCGCGCCCGGCUGGAGCGCCAGGGCACCGAGGCACAGCGAGCGCUCGACGAGUUCCGGAGCAAGUAUGAAAAUGAGUGUGAGUGUCAACUGCUGCUAAAAGAAAUGCUUGAGCGGCUGAACAAGGAAGCUGAUGAAGCCUUGCUGCAUAACCUGCGCCUUCAGCUGGAAGCCCAGUUUCUGCAAGAUGAUAUCAGCGCGGCAAAGGACAGGCACAAGAAGAAUCUUCUGGAAGUUCAGACCUAUAUCAGCAUCCUGCAGCAGAUCAUCCACACCGUUCCUCCAGCAUCCAUCGUGACGAGCGGGAUGAGGGAGGAGAAGCUCCUGACGGAGCGGGAGGUGGCUGCCCUGCGAAGUCAGCUGGAAGAGGGCCGGGAGGUGCUCUCCCACCUGCAGGCACAGAGAGUGGAGCUGCAGGCCCAGACAACAACUCUGGAACAAGCUAUUAAAAGUGCCCAUGAGUGUUACGACGAUGAGAUUCAGCUUUAUAACGAGCAGAUCGAGACACUGCGCAAGGAGAUUGAGGAGACGGAGCGUGUCCUCGAGAAGUCUUCUUAUGACUGCCGGCAGCUGGCGGUCGCCCAGCAAACCCUGAAGAAUGAGCUGGACCGGUACCAUCGCAUCAUCGAGAUUGAAGGCAACAGGCUGAGCUCUGCCUUCAAUGAAACUCCCAUUCCCCUGUUCACCCCGAGCCAUGGAGUCUCUCUCAGCACUGGACCCAGUGGGAAAGAUCUUACCAGGGCUCUGCAGGACAUAACAGCAGCAAAACCAAGACCAAAAGGCCUCCCCAAGAAUGUCCCAAGGAGGAAGGAGGUUAUAGCCAAAGACAAAAGCAGUGGAACUCUGGAAGAUGCACCAUUAAAAGGUUUGGAAGACACAAAGCUGGUCCAGGUGGUACUUAAAGAGGAAAGUGAAUCUAAGUUUGAAUCAGAAAGUAAAGAAGCAAGUCCCCUGACACAACAAGAGGCUCCGGAGGAUGUGCCAGACGGAGCGCAGAUAAGCAAAGGCUUUGGGAAAAUGUACAGGAUGAUCAAGGAGAAAGUGAAAUCCCCCAAAGAGCCGGAGACCCCCACUGAGCUCUACACCAAAGAGCGGCACGUGCUGGUCACAGGGGAUGCCAGUUACGUGGACCCUGGGUUCUGUGUCUCCUCCAUUGCAGCCAAAGGUGAGGUGGCUGUUUCCAUUGCGGAAGAGUCUGUGCUUUAUGAAGGCCAGGUGGAGCCCUCUCCCGAGUCACCCAAGCCCCCUUUAGAGAAUGGGCAGGUGGGUCUGCAGGAGAAAGAAGAUGGACAACCAGUUGGCCAGCAGCCUGUAGACAAGGAGAUUGAGCCAGAUGGUGCAGAGCUGGAAGGCCCAGAGGAGAAACGUGAGGGUGAGGAGCAGGAUGAGGGGUCCGGGAGACUCUAUCCCGAGGUCACACCUGGUGCAGAGGAACCGUCUAUACCCCAGCCUCCAAAGCCUGUGGCCAGUCAGGAUGGAGUCCAGGGGCUAGUGACUACCAGCAGAAGCCUGCCAGAAAAAGGCCCUCCCAGGGCUUUGGCUUAUAAGACAGUGGAAGUGGUAGAAUCCAUUGAGAAGAUUUCCACGGAGAGCAUUCAGACGUAUGAAGAAACCGCUGUGAUUGUGGAGACCGUGAUUGGAAAGACCAAGUCAGACAAGAAGAAAUCGGGAGAGAAGGGCUCCUAAAAUGCCCAGGCUUAAUGGAGAAAAUGUUUUUGGGGCCACUGUAGGGCUAAUGCUUUGAUAAUUUAGAGCAAAUGCUAAAAGGGUGAGGGUUCCUGUUUGGAUUAGACCGUAGCUGACCCCUCUGGCAUUGCCAAGGAAGCCUUCAUUAAAACGUUUUCUUUGCGUGCA